AGGAGAAAUAACACCAGAGCUCUCCGAUCGCUGUGCUGUCCAGACGCGGUUGUGAGCUCUGAGACUCCGAAUACCUCCAAGCCAUAGUUACCCGUUGGUUCCUCGUCGAUAAUGCACAAUAUCAGCAGUCUCAGCUGUAGUUGGCGUUAGAGUUGUCUGCAUUAAGCAGCAGCAGUAGUCGCAGCAGCAGUAGUAGCAGCAGCAGGAACAAGCACUGCAUCACCCCAACAGUUCCUGAUCCACCUCGUCAUUAUGAAAGCUCUCGUUGCAGCCGCUUUCCUCUUUUGUCUCCUGCUGGUUGGCCAGGAAAGUGUCGCUGGACAAAGGAAUAAAUCAAAGAGCCAAGAGGAAAGAGUCAGUGUAAAAGCCAAGAGCAUCACUGGCAAUUUUGACGGUGAAUCCAAAAUUUUUGACGGUGACUCCAAAAUUUCUAUCAUAAACCGGAGCGUUGAUGGUAGAACAAGAUUCUAUAACAAAAAGAAUGGCAGUGUUAAACAAGUGAAAAACAACAGGAAGAGAAAUGUCAGAAGUGGGAAGAAACGCGAUAAACAACAUGGUUACAGAAUCAGUACAAGAAGAGGGUCCAAGCGACGUACAGCCAGCAACAAACGUAGCCGUGUUAAGUACCUGGAUGGGCGUAGCCGUGUCAAGAACUUGGAUGGUCAUGGGCGUAUCAAGAAAGGAAACAAAAGAAUUCAGAAGACUAGCAAAACACAUGAAAUUCUCAAGAAAGAAGGAAUGAGGCGUCGUGAUAGCCAAGUCCAGAAGGAAGAGAAAGUGAACGGAGUCAAGAAGAAGUCCACUACAAGAAAGAAAGGAAUAUCUGCUGUAGGAAGGAAACAGAAGUCGGCUGCAGGAGGAAAACACAAGUCGGUUGCAGGGAAAAAACACACAUCGGCUGCAAGAAGAAAGCAUAAGUCGGCUGUAGGAAAGAAACACAAGUCGGUUGCAGAGAGGAAACGCAAGUCGGUUGCACGGAGGAAACACAAGUCGGCUGCAAGAAAGGAACACAAGUCGGUUGUAGGGAGAAAACACAAGUCGGCUGCAAGAAGGAAGCAAAAGUCGGCUGUAGGGAGGAAACACAAGUCGGUUGCAGGAAGGAAACACAAGUCGGUUGCAGGAAGGAAACACAAGUCGGUUUCAGGGAGGAAACACAAGUCGGCUGCAAGAAAGAAACACAAGUCGGCUGCAAGAAAGAAAUACAAGUCGGUUGUAGGGAGAAAACACAAGUCGGCUGCAAGAAAGAAACACAAGUCGGUUGCAGGAAGGAAACACAAGUCGGUUUCAGGGAGGAAACACAAGUCGGCUGCAAGAAAGAAACACAAGUCGGCUGCAAGAAAGAAAUACAAGUCGGUUGUAGGGAGAAAACACAAGUCGGCUGCAAGAAAGAAACACAAGUCGGUUGCAGGAAGGAAACACAAGUCGGUUUCAGGGAGGAAACACAAGUCGGCUGCAAGAAAGAAACACAAGUCGGUUGUAGGGAGAAAACACAAGUCAGUAGAGGGGAAAAAACAAAAGUCGAAUAAAUGGAAGAAAAAGAAUUCACUUAAAAAGAAGACAGAAAAAUUAUCUACCAAGAAGAAGGAAUCAGAUAAAGGGAAGAGGCAGGUGGGAAAAUUAAAGAAGAUGGGCAAACAUAAGAAACAAAGACACGGGAAAAAGGCUGACAAAAAAGAAUUAAAGAAGAAGAAGAAGAAGAAGAAGAACCAUAUUACACAGAAGAGUGAAAGUCAACAAUCCAUAAAAUCGAAAAACAGAGAAAUCCACCGAACAAGCAAAAAAAAUAUGAAGGACCCAAAAAAAGCUAAGGAAAUCAAACAUAAAAAAAAUAAGAAAAAAUCCCAAAAACAAAAGAACAAUAAAAAUAAAAACAAAAAUAAGAGAAAGUUAAAUAAAGCAAAUAAGGAAAAGAAGAGGCCGCAUGAUAGGGGGGAGAGUCAUCAUCGUCCUCCACACGGUAGCGGGGAGAGUCAUCAUCGUCCUCCAUACGGUAGCGGGGAGAGUCAUCAUCGUCCUCCAUACGGUAGCGGGGAGAGUCAUCAUCGUCCUCCACACGGUAGCGGGGAGAGCCAUCAUCGUCCCAUACUCGGAGGUCCAUCUAACGGUAGCGGGGAGAGUCAUCAUCGUCCUCCAUACGGUAGCGGGGAGAGUCAUCAUCGUCCUCCACACGGUAGCGAGGAGAAAGAAAGCUGCAAAACACCCAAAAGAUGUACGAAAAGUGGCGGGAAGUGCACUUCUGAGAGAAAGUGCAAGACCAAGAUUGUGUCUGGCAAGUGCAAGGGAAAGUCUUGUCACUGUUGUCUCUCUGUUUGCGCAGCUAAACCAAAAAAGAAGUGCACUAAACACAAGGGUGUGUGUAAGACAAAGUGCGACGUGAAGGAGCGACAGAUCCCCAAGGGUUGCAUGAAGAAAACUUGUGUCUGCUGUGCCAAGGCUUGCAAGCCCACGAUGCAGUGUACUGCUGGUGGUGGUUAUUGUGUAGAUAAGAACAAGUAUUGUAAGGGAUGGGUCGACAAGGAUGACUGCAAGGGAGCCAAGUGCUUCUGUUGUUAUCCAGAGAAAACGACUUUAAGGAGGACUACCACAACGACGACUACCACAACGACGACUACCACAACAACGAGUACCACAACAACGAGUACCACAACAACGAGUACCACAACAACGAGUACCACAACAACGAGUACCACAACGACGAAUGCCACAACGACGACUACCACAAUGACGACUACCACAACUACGAAUACCACAACUACUACGAAUACGACAACGACAAGUACCACAACUACGACUACCACACCUACAACUACCACACCUACAACUACCACAACUACAACAACAACUACGACUACUACAACAACUACUACAAGCACUAGUUCCACAACGACAAGUAGCUCAACCACAACAAGUAUCACAACCACAACAAGUAUCACAACAACAACUACUUCAACUACAAAUACUACGUCAACGACAACAACUUCACCUAUAACCACUACUACAACAACCACUACAUCAACAACCACCUACAUCAACAACCACAACAACUUCUUCAACAACCACAACAGUUACUCCAAGCUGCACAACAACUACUUCAACAACCACAACAACUAGUACAACGACCACAACAACUACUUCAACAACCACAACAACUAGUACAACGACCACAACAACUACUUCAACAACCACAACUACUACGUCCACAACUACAACGACCACAACAACUACUUCAACGACCACAACAACUACUUCAACGACCACAUCAACUACUUCAACGACCACAACAACUACUUCAACGACCACAACAACUA